GCCCUAAUUUGGAUAGGGUUUUGCAGUUAUGAGUUCGAAGGAUUCUCUCGGCAAAGAUGAUCGCAGAAACACCUCAAUCCAUGCAGAUUUUGAUUACAUCGACACUCAACCAUUCGAAACCUCUUCGCCCUCUUGUGGGGAUCAUGGUGAUAACGAAUGGCGAUACUUAGAAGACACGGUGCCUAUCGACGACGAUGACGAUGCAUUGGAAACUCAAGCGGUUAACCUUGCCGGUGAAACUCAGGUCAUGGAAAUUGCCGGUGAAACUCAGUCGUUGGAUGAUACUGACAGUAACACCCAGUUAUUGGAUGAAGGGUCGGAAUCGGAUAGAACUCGAGUUUUGGAGAAUGAUGAAGAUGAUGAUGAUGAUCCUCAAUGCAGAGGGGAGAGCAAGGAGGUUUUGGGUGAAUCCUCUUGUGGACAUGGUGACAAGACUGGUCCUGUUAUUAACAGUUCUGGUUCGAUGCCACCCCGGUUUACUUCUAUCCGUGCAGAAUUUUUGCGGGAAGCUUCUUUUGCUGCUCGCAAUAUGGCUUUGAAACAAAGCCAGGAUAAGACCAAUUCUGUCAUGGGUAUGAGUCAAUUUUGUCAGGAACCAGUGGCUGUAAAGGAUAAUGGGGAAUCCUUUCCUAGAUGUUCUGAGGAGGUUAGGGAAGUUGAUCAGGAGUAUGAUAAUGGGAAAUACAGUGUGGAAACUGAGGGAUUCAAGAACAAAAAUAUAUUCAAGGUUGCUAGCUCGGCAGUGAGAAAACUUUUCAGUGAUGAUUUACCUGUUGAAACAAAUGGACAGUCUCAUAGCAGCAAUGAUCUUAAUGAAGAAGAUGACUUGGACAAGUUGCCUAUCUACCAUGGUGAGUUGGCAGGAUUAAGCUAUGCUAACUCUCAAGAACCUGGAGAGUUUUCACAGGCCAAUGCUCUUGAUGUUGUUGAUAGGUUUCUCAAAGAUAAUAUUAUAGAGUUUGAUCAAGAAACUAACUGUGUUAAGAAUAGGGAGGAAAAUUUAAAAUCCCUUCCCAGUACAAAAGGGCAACAAAGUUUGGCGAAGAUAGUUAAUGAUAGAGACAAAGCUAGAAAAAUUGGGAUUUAUGACUGGGAUGAUAGCCGGGAGGAUGAAGGUGGGGGAGAUAUAUUUAAAAGGAGAAGGGAAGAUUUUUUUGAGGGUGGAACUCAGAGGCCAAGGUCUUUGCCAGGAUUUCAGAAGAUCAAAGUGCGCAAAUCAAAUGUUGUUAAGGAUGAUGAGGAACUUUUAAGUGUCCCUAAUAAAAGAAAGACUGCAGUUCACUCUGAUUCAAGACUAGGGAUGCAUAAUCUGAAAGUAAGGGAUAAUACUAUACAAGAAGCAACAAGAAAAUUAAAAAGGAAUCUUGCUAAUGAAUUGGAUGAUCAAUUUGACAACACCAAUUGCCCUAGAGGAGAGAUGGAACCAAAUGCUCAUGCAGAUGUGCAGGAAAUAAUGGAUGUAGGUUUUGAUACUCAAAUGGCUGCUGAAGCUAUGGAAGCCUUAUGCCAUGCUGAGAAUAUUGUUGAUCAUGUUGCUAAUAAUGCGACUCAUGUUGCUGGAAGUAGUUUAUCUGAUCAGCUUAAUAACUUUUCCACUGGAAGAGUGGGGCCAGAUACAUCAAAGGAAUGUUCGGGACAGUAUGACAAGAAAAGGAAAGUCAAUGUUAAAUCAGAUUUGCAAACUUCAGGUUUAUCAAAGAAAUGUGCUAAAGAAGUCAGACAGUGCAAAAAAGACAAUAUGAUGAUAAGAUCAAAGAGGAGGAAGUUAAAUGCAAGAAGCAAUCAAACCUCCAGUGCUAAUGAAAAUGGUAGAAUAGUCUCAUCUCCAUUAAUUGAGCAAAGAAAGUUAGCAGGAGCUUUGAAAAGACGUCAGCAUCAUGAGUUGAAUAAUCCUGAAAGCCAUGACAGAGGAAGUGGAAGGAGUAUAGUUAAAGAAAGGCAAUUACAGGGUGAAGUUUGUCAUUUUACGCCGAUUGCCCGUAGAACUAGACAAUCCUCAGCAGUAAAGCAAUUGAUCAAUCCUGAUACACCAUCCAAUAGUUUGAGAGAAGGGGAUAUAGGUAUUGGUACCCUGGAGAAAAGUAGUGGAGUUGGCCUACAUUCAUCUAAAGCGUUGAAUCCUAAAUAUACUCCUGGGUCUUCUGAUCACUUUAAAGUGGAUGAUAGUACCAAAUUGUGUCAACCUGAGAAAUUGGCUCCAAAGGCAGGUGCUGUUAGUGUUAGUAAUGACGUUGAAAUGGAUAAAUUAGUUUGUCGUAGAAGGAGAUCUCUUAGGAUUAGGAAGUUGUCUAAUCACGAUAAAGGAUCUGAGAAGUUAGUUGGUUCAUCUAAACCAUCUGCGGAAUCUGAAGAGAUUGGGAAAUCUACUGCUGGGAAGAGACAAAUGAGGAGAGAUAAAAUAAAUAAAGGGGAAAUUCCUAUUUGCUGUGAUGUUAUAAAUGAGAAGGAUGCAAAUCUGAAUUCAGAUAAGAAGAAUAAUGCACAUGUCCGGUGGUCUACUAAUAAUUUUGAAGUCACCAGUUCAGAUGAAUCGCCAAGAGAGAGGUACAAUUCCUCUGAUUUGGCUUCUGCAGCUCCAGCUAAUUGUAAGAUGCCAAUGAAUGAUGCAUCACCUGUUUGUAUGGGCGAUGGUUAUAACAAACAUUCAUACAAUAGAGAACUUCGUAGAUUAAGUGCCAGUAGACCUGAAUUAAUUACCCCAUCUAAAGAUUCAAGGAGGAGGAAGGAUAUGACUGAUGUUCGAAUUCUGUACAGCCACCACUUAGAUGAAGAUGUUAUUAAGCGUCAGAAGAAGAUUUUAGCACGGCUUGGAGUUUCUGUAGCAUCCUCCAUUGCAGAUGCAACACACUUCAUAGCUGAUCAAUUUGUGCGUACAAGGAAUAUGUUAGAAGCUAUUGCUUUUGCUAAACCAGUGGUCACACACUUAUGGAUUGAGAGCUGUGGACAAGCUAGCUGUUUUAUUGAUGAGAGAAAUUACAUUUUGAGGGAUGCCAAAAAGGAAAAGGAGUUUGGUUUCAGCAUGCCAGUGUCCCUAGCACGUGCAUCCCAGCAUCCACUUUUAGAGGGUCGAAGAGUAUUGAUCACCCCAAAUGCUAAACCUAGUAAAGAGAUUAUUUCAAGUUUAGUGAUUGCAGUUCGGGGCCAGGCGGUGGACAGAGUCGGCAGAUCUGCUUUGAAAGACCAUAAAAUUCCAGAUGAUCUACUGAUCGUAUCUUGUGAAGAAGAUUAUGCCUCUUGUGUGCCUUUUCUGGAAAAGGGGGCAAUGGUGUAUAGUUCAGAACUAUUGUUGAAUGGCAUAGUUACUCAGAAGCUGGAGUAUCAAAGGUAUAGUCUUUUUGCAGACAAUGUGAAGAAAACCCGUUCCACCGUAUGGUUGAAAAGAGAUGACAUAACAUUUAUUCCUGUGAAUAAAUGUAAAUAGAGUUGUUUGUCUUUUACUUAUUUUUCCUCGUGAUCAUCUGUAGAUUAGUUCAUAUGAAAAUAUCUUCCAUUCCAUGUCCAAACUUUUUUUUUUUAAUUUAUAUAUUUGUCAUGUAUAAAAGUUUGUAAGAUGUUUUCUCACAUCCUUUUGCAUGUAC